AUGAGACCAAUAAAGUUGAUGGGACAUGAACGUUCUUUGACUCAAGUUAAAUAUAACAGAGAAGGUGAUUUAUUAUUUUCAGUAGCCAAGGAUAAUGCAGCAUCUAUUUGGUAUUCAUCAAAUGGGGAACGAUUAGGUACAUUAGAAGGACACCAAGGGGUAAUUUGGUCUAUUGAUGUCGACCCAGAAACACACUUAUGUGCAACUGGAGGAGGGGAUUUAGCCAUUAAGUUAUGGAAAGUUGAAAAUGGUCAAUGUGUGUACACAUGGGACGCCCCAUCUCCAGUAAGAAGAGUUGCAUUUUCGCCAGAUGGUAAAAAAUUAUUAGCCAUUGCUGAUCAAGUUAUGGGUCAUAUUGGUACAGUUUCCGUAUUUGAUAUAAAUGAUGAUGAUGCUACUAUAAGCCAGCAAAACCCAGAACCUUCUUUAGUGAUUGAAACUGAACCUGAAGGGUCAAAGGCCACCGUAGCGGGAUGGUCUGGCGAUGGAGAUUAUAUCAUUGUUGGCCAUGACAAUGGGUACGUUUCUAAGUACGAUGCAAAAACAGGCAAAUUGGUUACAUCCUUACAAGCUCACGGUAUACACAAUGAAGAGAAAAAUGUCAGUAUCACCGAUAUUCAAUUUGCCCCAGAAGACAGAUCAUAUUUUAUCACAUCGUCAAAAGACAAGACCGCCACUUUGAUCGACGUUGACACUUUUGAGAUCCUCAAAGUAUACAAGGCUGAUGCUCCAAUGAACACCGCUGCCAUUACUCCUGUUAAGGACUUUGUCAUUUUGGGAGGUGGUCAAGAAGCAAGAAAUGUUACAACCACAGCUGAAUCACAAGGUAAAUUUGAAGCCAGAUUUUACCACAAAAUUUUUGAAGAGGAAAUUGGACGUGUUAAAGGUCAUUUUGGUCCUUUAAACACUGUUGCUGUUCACCCUGAUGGUACUGGUUACAGUAGUGGAGGAGAAGAUGGUUUCAUUAGAGUUCACACAUUUGAUAAAUCAUAUCAAGAUUUCCUUUUCGAUGCAGAAAGAACUGAGAGAGCUGCUGCUGCAGGAACUAUUUAA